GCCCACAAUUUCCAACUCCUCUGUGCUCUUCCAUAGCUGUCUCAAAAUGUCACCAACACAAACACUUUUACUUGCACUUCUCAUUUUUUUCCUACUACCACUCACUACUAUGCCUUUCACAGUCAUUGUUUCUGAUUCCAGCAACCAGUCUGCCUUAGUAGACGGGCUACGAAAUGGAUUUUCAAUGAACAUGAGCGGAGCUCGAACAGAAGCCCACGAGCAAGAAGCUGUCUACGACAUAAUGAAGGCUACAGGCAACGAUUGGGCCACCGACAUUCCUGAUGUUUGCCGCGGCCGGUGGCAUGGCAUAGAGUGUAUGCUAGACAAAGACGAUAUUUACCAUGUUGUUUCAUUGUCUUUUGGUGCAUUGUCUGACGAUACUGCCUUCCCUACGUGUGACACAACAAAGUCUUAUAUUUCGCAGUCUAUUACUAAGCUUCCUCAUAUUAGGACUUUAUUUUUCUACCGUUGUCUUAGUAAUAACCCGCAGCCUAUCCCUUCAUUUUUAGGGAAGUUGGGCUCGACUUUGCAAACUUUGGUGCUUAGGGAAAAUGGUCAUGUGGGUUCUAUUCCUUGUGAAUUGGGCAAUCUUACCCGUCUGAAGGUUCUUGAUCUUCACAAAAAUAGACUCAACAGUUCAAUUCCGGUUUCCUUGGGUCGGUUGGUUGGUUUAAGGUCGUUAGAUUUGAGCGGGAACAUAUUAACCGGUUCCAUUCCCAGUUUAAGUUUUCCAGUUUUAAAUGUCAUGGACUUGAGCCGAAAUUUUCUAACUGGUCCAAUCCCGUCCAGCCUUGGUUCCUGUCAAUCUCUACUUAAAUUAGAUUUUAGUCAUAAUCGAUUCACUGGUUCGAUUCCCGACUCUUUUAGUGGCUUAAGGGAGCUAAUCCUUAUGGAUUUAAGUUAUAACCAUUUAUCAAAGCCGCUUCCUAAAACAAUCAGAAGCUUAAAUUCUCUCCAAGCGUUCAUUCUUGAAGGAAAUCCGAUGUCUGUUACUCUUGCUAGUGAUGAAUUCGAUGGCAUGAAGAGUUUAAUGGUCUUAAUCCUAUCCAAUAUGAACUUACAGGGCUUAAUUCCUGAUUCAUUAGGCCGAUUAAUAAAUUUAAGAGUCAUUCAUUUGGAUGGAAAUCGCUUAAACGGUUCAAUUCCCCUAACUUUUAGGAACUUAAAAAAUCUUGGUGAAUUAAAACUAAAUGAUAAUCAGUUAUCUGGACCAGUUCCAUUUGGGAGAGAAAUGGUAUGGAAGAUGAGAAGGAAGCUUAGAUUACACAAUAAUACAGGAUUAUGUUAUGAUGCUAAUAGUGGAUUUGGAGAUGGUCUGGAUUCGUCAGGUAUCGGUGUAUGUAAUACACCUAGACCCGGUUCAUCAAGAACAGUGCAGCAUCUAUCUACCCUUGAAAAAGAAAUGCCAGCUAUAGUUAAUAAAUCAUCUGGUGCAGUUCUUAAAGAUUCAAGUUUUAUUAGGUUGCUCCAAGGAAGCCUAGCUGUUGUUCUGGUUUUUUUAUUGUAAGGUGAGAAAGGAACACAUGUAACAUAGAGUGUAACACUAUUAUCAAAUGUCUUAUAAAUAAGUUAGUUUUGUA